CCGAGAUGGCCCGCGAAUUGCGCGUCGCGUUCGGAUCUUUCCGCUUACGUGGGAGAAGGCUCACCCAGCCUUCCGCUUUGGUGGGAUCACGGACUUCGGAUUGGUGUCCGAUCGCAACGUUGCCAACGAGAUUCGAUACGCCAGUUUUCAAAAUCCGUACUUGCCGCGGUUGCAGGGUGGGCAGAGCAGCGACCCACGGACUUGCUUGAGUUCUGGGACAAAAGUAGGAGGAAACGUCGGCCAAUCCGCUGUUGGAUCCGAAGCUAUGCGAUUCCGUAUUGACAACGACGCGGCGGAACUCGGUGUUGAAGUGAAAAAUGUCACGGAACAUGUAAGCCAAUUUCAACGAGCACGUGAGCUGCGUUCCAUGACAACCGGAAUGCGCAGACCAGAGUGUUCUACGCUGACAACCAUCGUGACGCCUGCAGUCGUGUGCGCGCCAAAUUUGCCUUCUCUUGCGGAGCCAAUCCUUGGACGUCUGGGCCUCAAAGAUGUGAAAUCGGGCACGCUGUACGGGAGUUUGUCUGGUUACGGGCCGCCCAACGACGCCAUCUACUCUACAAAGAAGCACGAGCUCCAGAAAGUGCUGUGGUACGAGAUCGAUUUUGGAGAGUCGAUCGAGCUCCGUGGUGUGGCACUGCAGAAACCCGGGACGCACAUGACGCUGACGGACACAGCAAACUACGGCAUUUUGAAGACUUUUACGCUCGAACUAGACGGAGCACCGGUCUUGGAUCCCCUCCCGGAUCCCAUGGCCGAAAGUGUGGUCGUCAAUUCUGCGACGGCGAGUGGGGUGACACUGCCAUCCGGCUUUAUUGCAAAGGGCGGGCGGUAUCGCGUUUGCACGUGCAGCUUGCGAGCACACAGUCGCAGAGUGGGCAAAGCAGGUAAGGCAGUGAAUCCCUUCACGUACGACGCGCAGCUGUACGAUUAACGCCGGAUGUGGAACAACAUGCGGCCGCAAUUCGACACGAACGCGAUAGUGCCGUCUCCUCCCGUGCAAGCCUACUACCGUGCCAGCACGGCCAAGGAGCUAACAGUGCAACGACGGGCCUCCGCUGCAGGCCGCAUAGUCUUCCGCAGUACAGACACCCUUGACCCAGCCCGCGACUUGCCGCCGGCCAUUCUCCCGCAGGACCAACAAGUCCCCAGGAAGUCUCCAUCGUUCUACUCCUACACCGACGAUGUGGCGAGAACAGCGGCCUCGGAGACGGCGGACGCAAGGCCAGUCGGCAUGGAGAACUCGGGGUUAGCAUUACGUGCCUCUCAGUUUUCGCGGCAACAAGGCAGCGGCAACACCGGUGCAAUCCAUCGACAGCCCACACAAUUUGCGCAACGUGAUUGGUGGAGUUCGCACGUGACCGAAUACUACUCGGACUACACCCCAAAUUACGUGUUUCCGGAGACCACAUUCUUUUCCCCUGCAAACCGGCAGAGUGUUCUCGACAGUGUGCGCUCGAACAGCGGGGCUGUGAUCCCACCCGCGGAAAUUUCUGCAAGCACAGUGCCGG